CUCUCUCUCUCUCUCUCUCUCUCUCUCUCUCUCUCUCGUGUCUCAGGACCACGAUGGGCCUCCUGGAACCUGGGCGUCUUCAUCUGUAUCCGGUGUGCUGGUAUCCACCGCAACCUGGGCGUCCACAUAUCCCGCGUCAAGUCCGUCAACCUAGACCAGUGGACCCCCGGGCAGAUCCAGAGUGUCCAGGACAUGGGCAACACCAGGGCCAGAGUGCAGUAUGAAGCCCACCUCCCAGAGAACUUCAGAAGGCCACAGACAGACCAAGCUGUGGAGUUCUUUAUCAGGGACAAGUACGAGAAGAAGAAAUACUACGACAAGAAUGCUGCUGUCAACGGAUCCAUUAAGGCCCCUGACGUGGCUCAGUCAUCUUCCUCCUCUCCGUCCUCGCAAGCGACUGAUAAAAACAAGCUGGAGAAGGAAAGAGAGAAGAAGAAAGACGAGAGGAAGAGAGAAAAGGAAGCAGACAAAGGGAACAAGGCUUCGCCCCUCGAGAAGAAGCGUGACGAUCUCCAGACAGAGUCCAAGGCCAGCCCCAAGAAGAGUGCUGAGCCGGCCAUCGACCUGCUGGGCCUGGAUGCUCCAGCCUCCUCCUCAGUGAGUGUCGUAGGGGCUGCAGGCAGCGCUGCUCCCAUUAGUGACGACCUGGACAUCUUCGGGCCCAUGGUGUCCAACCCCCUGCCCUCCACCACCAGCACAAACCAGGCCAGCUCCAGUAAAGCUCCAGGGGCCUCGGCGGCGGUGGCUGCCCCCAGCAGCAGUGCGUCCUCUGGGGCCGAUGCGGCCACGGCGCCGGCCUCCUCCUCCCAGGGGGAGCUGGAUCUCUUCAGCGAGGGGAGCGGUGGGGCCGGGGCCGGCAGCAAGGCGGAGGACUCGUCCAAGAAGACCCUGAGCAAGGACUCCAUCCUCUCCCUCUACGCCUCCAGCUCCGUCCCACAGCAACCCACGCAAGGAGACGUCCUGAGAUGA